AUGUGUUCUCUCAAUCUCUAUGCUACCUCGUAUCAUUUGUUUCUCAAUGUUUAUGUGGUCCUCAAGCUACUCGAUAACAUCGGUUUCUUGACAACCAUGAAUGCCCCAUCCACCUCGCAGGGUGCACCAUCAUGGGAAGCUGUUCUCAACGCUCGAUUGGCUCAACCACAGCCUGAUUUUAUACACUCGUGCAAUAACUGCAAAGAGGAGGUUCCUUGGCAAUGGUGCAAGACAAAUGAGAAUGGAAACGAGGGCCGUUGGAUAGUAGUGUGCAAGAAAUUUGCUGGCGAGCAGCAAGUGCCAUGCAAUUUCUUUUGCUGGGCAUGGGGUUCAACCAGUCCCUCUAGCUCCCCCACCCUGGGCUCAGCUCCACUGGCCCCAACUGCUGUCGUCCAGCCCUCAGCUCAACUAGCCCCAACUGCUGCCAUCCAGCCUGCCGUUUUGGGCCAUACCACAUUGCUCGUUAUAUGCGCUGCCCUCAUGUGCAGGAAGCGCCCCCAUGCACAAUAUCCAUUGUUGGCGCUUCGAAUGCCUCAUCAGCCUCAAACAUGUCUGCCUAUGCUCCCACCCCCACUGCCUAUGCCCCCACCCCCACUGCCUAUGCCCCCACCCCCACCUUCCCAGCCGGCAUUGAUUCUUGAUGCUGCACCUUCUGACUUGGACGUCCCCCCACCCUUGGACAAGGGCAAGGGUCGGGCUGUUGAGCUGCCAGAUGCUAGUGAACCUGUGCAGCUUCCUUCAUGCAUGGUCGCUGGCUUGUUGCAACCAAAAGCCCGAGCAGCACCACGCUAUGCAAUGCAGAUGCCUGCCAUCUUUACACAGCAAAAUGCUUGUGAAGAGGAAAUGAAUGAAGAAAGGCGUCAACGUGAACUUGAACGUCUACAGGCUGCCGCUCAGGGAGAAGAACACUACGGCUUCAAACUACCCAACUUCUACUUCACACUCUUGGUCCUCCAUAAAUUAUGCAUGACAUCCAAGGACCCUGAUGUUCCUGCUCCUGCAAGGAUUGCUCCUAUCCAGCGAUACAACCGCGCCCUCAACACAUGGACCCGGUUUGAUGUGGGCCACAUGGUCACUCUGCAUGAGUGCGAUGCUGGCAUCCUCUUUGUGAGAGAUGCAUGUGUCAGGGAGUGUGUGGACUUUGACCAGCAUCUUCACAGAAUGACGCGCCCAGUAAGCGCCAACCUCAUGACAGACCUGACAAGCGAAUGGAAGUAUGUGCAUGCUGCAUCUCUUGUAUGGAACUCACAUACACCAUCUCUACCUCCUACCAAUCCUGCACCACAUGUUUGCAAACCUCGCUCUCAUAUGCCCUCACUGUCACCAGUCUCAUCAGACAAGAAGCAUGAAGUGCCUAAUGACUUGCCAGCUCAACCAAUCAAGCACCACCCAUUAGAACCACCAAUCAAGCAGCACUUUUCAUCUAUCUUGUCAUUGACAGAUAGUGAUGAGGAUGACAUGAUGAAACCUGUCCAUGCAGCCAAGCGGCACCAUUCUCCGCUUCCUCAGGCUCCCUGCUGUUUACCACACCGCAAAUGA